AUGUGGAACUCCCCCAAGGUGGGCAUCCUCGGAGGAGGCCAAUUGGGCCGUAUGCUGGUCGAAUCGGCGAACCGACUCAACAUCCAAUGCAACGUCCUCGAUGCGGAGAAUUCCCCGGCCAAGCAGAUCAGUGCCCACGACGGACAUGUUACCGGUUCUUUUAAGGAGCACGAGUCCGUGAGGGAGCUGGCGAAGUCCUGCGACGUCGUGACCGCGGAAAUUGAGCAUGUCGACACCUACGCUCUGGAGGAGAUUGCGUCGCAGGUGCGGGUGGAGCCCAGCUGGCAGGCCAUUCGGACCAUCCAGAACAAAUUCAACCAGAAGGAACACCUGCGCAAGUAUGGCAUCCCCAUGGCGGAUCAUCGCGAGCUGGUCAACAACACCCCUGAGGAUCUAGCUGCCGUCGGUGAGCAGCUGGGGUACCCUCUCAUGCUGAAGUCGAAGACUAUGGCGUACGACGGACGUGGCAACUUCCGCGUCAACUCCAAAGCCGAUAUCCCCGAAGCGCUCGAAGCUCUCAAGGACCGUCCUCUAUACGCCGAGAAAUGGGCUCAUUUCAAGAUGGAACUCGCCGUCAUGGUCGUGAAGACGAAGGAUGAAGUGCUCUCAUACCCCACGGUCGAGACCGUCCAGGAGGACUCGAUAUGCAAGCUCGUGUACGCCCCCGCGCGCAACGUCUCGGACGCGAUCAACCGCAAAGCGCAGGAGCUGGCGCGCCAGGCCGUCGCAGCCUUCGACGGCAAGGGUGUCUUCGGCGUCGAGAUGUUCCUGCUCGACGAUGAGAGCCUGCUCCUUUGCGAGAUUGCCAGCCGCAUCCACAACUCCGGCCACUACACCAUCGAGGCCUGCCCCCUAUCCCAAUUUGAUACCCACAUCCGCGCCAUCCUCGACCUCCCCAUCCCCCCGCAGAGCCUCGAGCUCCGCCAGCCCUCCAUCAUGCUCAACAUCAUCGGCGGCGCCGCCCCGGACACCCACCUCCAGGUCGCCGAGGCCGCCCUCUCCAUCCCCAACGCCAGCAUCCACCUGUACAGCAAGGGCGCCGCCAAACCCGGCCGCAAGAUGGGCCAUGUGACCGUCACCGCCCCGUCCAUGUACGAGGCCGAGACGCACAUCCAACCGCUCAUCGACGUCGUCGACAAGAUCCGCGCCCAGCGCAGCGACGUCAAGACGCAGCCGCAGGCGUCCGGCCCGUCUAAGCCCGCCCCGACCGUCGCCGUCAUGAUGGGCUCCGACUCCGACCUCAAGACCUUGGUGCCCGGCCUCAAGCUGCUGCGCGACUACUUCGGCAUCGAGCCCGCCGUCGACAUCACCUCCGCCCACCGCACCCCGACCUUCAUGGCCGAGUACUCCGCCAGUGCCGCCGCCCGCGGCAUCAAGGUCAUCAUCGCCGCUGCCGGCGGCGCCGCCCAUCUCCCCGGCAUGGCCGCUGCGCAUACCACUCUCCCGGUCAUCGGAGUGCCGGUGAAGGGCAGCUCCUUGGACGGAGUGGACAGUCUGUACAGCAUCGUCCAGAUGCCUAGAGGCGUCCCCGUCGCAACCGUCGGCAUCAACAACAGCAUCAACGCCGCGCUCCUCGCCGCUCGCAUCCUCGGCUCCUUCGACCCCGCCAUCCAGCGCAAGGUGGAGGCCUACGCCGAGAACGCGCGCACGGAGAACAUGGACCUGAAGGGGACUAAGAUGCAGGAGCUGGGAUGGGAGAAGUACUUCGAACAGAUGUAG